ACUAACCAGAGAAAAUCUAUUUCCUCCUGGAGGGUAAUGUGCCUGCCCGCCCUAAGCACAGGUAUUGUGCUAGAAGUAGGAUAAUACACAAAAAGGACCAUUUGACUGAGUCUCUAUCCCAAGGGACUUGCAUCAACAGACGUGCUGUAGUUUAACUGGACUUAAAGGGAACAGAGAGGAGCAGUGCUCCCAGAUGGGAGGAUGUAAGAAGCUAGGCAUCUAAGACAACAGCGAUCUUGCAAGGUGUAUGAACAAGUCAUAAAUCACUGGGCUUCUUACAAGUAAGGUCUUCUCUGUAACCCUGGAGUCCAGAGUGAUGGAUGGAACUGUGCAGAAGAAGGAGGCUUCAAAUAUAGAAAGCACUCUAGAGAGCGAGGACUUCUUCUGUCGCCUCACCGAUGAAGAGAAAGAAUGUCUUCAGUACCUUCUGGAAACCAUUAACUCACUAGAAGCUGAAGACGAUGAUGAAAAUGCUAAUGUUGUUCAAGAGAACGGUGAACACUUUGGCAACGCAACAGAUCCAGGCACAGAAAUGUUAGAUCAAAACCUAAGGCGUCUGGGUGCAAGUAUCAAUGUGUCCGAUAAAACCGAACCUGGAGCAUCUUCUUCAAAAAUGAAGAUCAUGAAGUCUUUAUCUGAAGAUGUUCCAGGUUUCUCAAUCACUGUUUCUCCGGAGACAGGGAAAAGGUCAACAGGCUCCCACCCAAGUCACAUGCGGAAAUUUGAUACAAUAAUGAAGUCAGGUGUAAAUGUGCAGGAAUUGAGGGCACUCUUCAUUCACCAGCAAACCAAAUCAUCUGCUGAAGAUAAUUCCAAGGGCCUAGAAUUACCUGGGGCUCCUAAACUGCCAAUGCUGAUUGAAUGUAAUCCAAAAUCUGCCCGACUGGAGGCUCUGCAAAAGUUGGGUUUUCUAAAGACUCAGAGCAGCUCAGAUGAAACUCAAAAUCCCCAUGACACACACCAUCCUACAGACCAAACCACCUCUGUGCUGAACGGUGAGAUAAACCAAAAUGUUUUAAAAGGGAGUACGGAAGCACCUACACCUAUGCCAAGAAAGUCAAAAGGAAUUGAGAAAAAAUGGCCACCUUAACAUCUGAUUUUACAGACUUAAUGGCUGCACUGAACUAGAAACCGGCUAUAAUUGUUUAUAAAUUAAAGUGGCAGGCUAUGUUUGCCAGAAGAAUGUCCUUGAUGCCAAGAUGUGCUUUAUCACACCACAACAGAUGCAUAUGCCAUACUAUUAUUAUAAAAUAAUUUCCAGGUUUGGGCCACUUCAUGUGCUCUAGGUUUUGUUGGUCUAACACUCCUCUAUCAUCAUCCCGUAUGUUGUAUGUACAAUUUCCCAAGGACCGACUGAGGGUGAUUAAAUUUGUAGACAAUGGCUGCCGGAAGGGUAUCUUUGAACCAAAGACAGGAUAAAGGUCAAAUCAGUUAAAUCAAAACACUUACAGGGGUAUUCACAAAAGUGAGAAUUCUAGGUUAAUUUGAAGCAAUUGGAAGCAACUCUGACGUAGAGAAUGUUUGCAGCUCGGCUAUUUUUACGUUGAAUUUGAAAUUCACUUUAAAUUCUCAUUUUAGUCAAUAAUCCUGUUCAAGAGGUUCAGGUUUUUGUGAUUUUUUUUUUUUUUUUUUUACUUUAUUUAUUCUGCAAUACUGACAACAACGUCAUCACAAAAAAGCUGGACUUCGAAAAAAAGAAAAGAAAAUUAAAAUACAGAAUUCUGUAUCCAUCCAAUGAGAAUUUUCAUUUUCACUUAAAUUGUUUUUGAA